AUGGCCAAGUUAUCCCUUCUUCUUGGAGCUUUCGCAGCAUCAGUCUGUGUUCAAUCCCAUGCUCUUCCUCCUCCUCCUACUGUCACAAAAGCUCCUAAGCUUGAAGAUCGAGCUACUACUUGCACUUUCUCUGGUGCCAGCGGUGCAGCUUCAGCAAGUAAAUCGCAAAAAUCAUGCGCUACUAUUGUGCUGUCAAAUGUUGCCGUCCCUUCUGGCGUUACGCUUGACCUUAGUGAUUUGAAUGAUGGUACUACGGUCAUUUUUCAGGGUACAACUACUUGGGGCUACAAGGAGUGGUCUGGCCCCCUACUCCAAAUUGAGGGCAAUGAUAUCACCAUCCAGGGUGCCAGCGGUUCUGUUUUAAAUCCCGACGGCGCCCGUUGGUGGGAUGGCGAAGGCAGCAACGGUGGCAAGACAAAGCCCAAGUUCUUUGCUGCUCAUGACCUCACUUCGUCGUCUAUCACGAACCUUAACAUCAAGAACACACCUGUCCAAGCUGUCAGUGUCAAUGGUGUCAAUGGACUGACUAUUACUGGCAUGACCAUUGAUAACAGUGCUGGAGAUAGUGCAGGUGGACACAACACCGAUGGAUUUGACAUUGGCUCUAGCUCGAAUGUUGUUAUUAGCGGCGCAAAGGUCUAUAACCAAGAUGACUGCGUUGCUGUCAACUCUGGCACGAACAUCACAUUUACCGGAGGUCUUUGCUCUGGCGGUCACGGAUUGUCAAUUGGUAGUGUCGGCGGCCGAGAUGACAACACAGUUCAAACAGUUACCUUCAGCAACUCCCAGGUCACUAAAUCGGCUAACGGCAUCCGUAUCAAGGCGACUGCUGGUGAUACUGGCACAAUCAAGGGAGUGACGUACUCAGGUAUCACUCUAUCAUCUAUCACAGGCUAUGGUAUUCUGAUUGAGCAAAACUACAAUGGUGGUGACCUACAUGGAAGCCCUACAAGCGGUAUCCCGAUCACCAACCUCGUCGUCCAGAACAUCUCUGGAAGCGGCGGUGUUCUAUCCAGUGCUAACAACAUUGCCAUUGUUUGUGGAAGUGGAGCUUGCUCUAGUUGGACUUGGAGCAACGUCGUCGUCACUGGAGGAAAGAAAUACGGAAGCUGCCAGAAUGUGCCAAAUGUUGCCUCUUGUUAA